AUGGCCAUGACCAUGAUGUGUCCCAAUCUGGCCAAUGCAGCUUGGGUGAUACACUGGAGUGGCAAGGUCACCACUGUCAAUGCAAUGUGGAUUGAGUUAUCUCAAUCUGAAGUGCAUGGUGGUUGGACUGAGUUGGUUCACCUGUCAGUAGCCACAUAUAACUAUAAUGCAAAAAUGGGCUCAAACUGGAGGCUCAAUAUUGAAAUAAGAGCUUUGCAAAUUCAGCUGAACUGGUAUCAUGUGGAGAAACUCGCAGAACCUGAUGGGACCAUGAAUGGGCCAGGUAUCACAAUCUGUGGUGCAUGA